AUGGCUCUACAAAUUGAAGACCAAUAUGUUGAGUCACUUUCCUCCAUGGGGCACAAGCUAAGUGUCAAGGGGUUUGCUCUGGAGACCAUAGAGAGUUUCAUAGGGAGCUUAAAUGGGCUUUUUGAUCUUCCAAUGGAGCAGAAGUUGAAGGGUGUUAGAUCAGCUAGUUUACCACUGGGUUACUGUGCCACAAAUCCUGAUUAUGGAAAAAAUUUACCUUGGGCAGAGAUCUUGCAAUUGCUCCAGUCCCCACAACGGGUAGUUGGAUUUGCUACAAAGGUUUUUGGUGAUCAACAUCAGCCAUUUAGGUAA